CGCCCCGAGCACCUGCGACAGGUGGAGCGCGCGGCGCCGGGCACUCGGCCAUGUCCGCGGACGCCUCGGGGCCGGAGACCCGGCCGGGGCUGGGUCUGGGGCGGGAACCCCGGCUGGGGUCCGAGCCGGGCCAGUUGUGUCCUGAGCACGGAGAGCCUCUGAACUGGUUCUGCCUCUCCGAGAGACGGCCGGUGUGCGCCGCCUGCGCCGGGUUGGGUGGCCGCUGUCACAGGCACCGCAUCCGCCGGGCGGAGGAGCACGCCGAGGAGUUGCGAAACAAGAUUGUGGACCAGUGUGAGAGGCUGCAGUUACAGAGUGCUGGCAUCACCAAGUAUGUGGCAGAGGUCCUGCAAGGGAAGAACCAGAAAGCCGUGAGCAUGGCUAGUGCAACGAGGGAACUGGUUAUCCAGAGGCUGAGUCUGGUGAGGAGCCUGUGUGAGAGUGAGGAACAGCGAUUACUGGAGCAGGUGCACGGCGAAGAGGAGCGGGCUCACCAGAGUAUCCUGACUCAGCAGGCACACUGGGCCGAGGCACUGAAGAAGCUGGACGUCCUCCGGACCAGCCUGGUUGGCAUGCUUACCCAUCUGGAUGACCUCCAGCUCAUUGAGAAGGAGCAGGAGAUUUUUGAGAGGGCUGAGGAAGCAGAGGGCAUUUUGGAUCCCCAGGAGUCGGACAAAUUAAGCUUUAACGAGAAGUGUGCUCGGAGCCCACUACUGACUCAACUCUGGGCAACAUCGGUUCUCGGGUCUCUCUCAGGCAUGGAGGAGGUGCAUAUCAAUGAAAGGACUGUCAGCCCCUUAUUGCAAUUGUCGGAAGAUCGAAGGACCCUGACCUUCAGUGCCAAGAAGUCCAAGGCCUGCUCAGAUGACCCAGAGCGCUUUGACCACUGGCCCAACGCCCUGGCUGCUACCACCUUCCAGGCUGGGCUCCAUGCCUGGAUAGUGAAUGUUCAGCACAGUUGUGCUUACAAAGUGGGUGUGGCCUCAGCCCAGCUGCCCCGGAAGGGUUCUGGUAAUGACUGCCGCCUGGGCCACAAUGCCUUCUCUUGGGUUUUCUCCCGCUAUGAUCAAGAGUUCCGUUUCUCACACAAUGGACAACACGAGCCUCUGGCACUGCUUCGGUGCCCAGCACAGCUGGGUGUGCUGCUGGACCUCCAGGCAGGAGAGCUGGUCUUCUAUGAGCCCGCCUUGGGGACAGUGCUUCACAUCCACCGCGCAUCCUUCCCUCGGCCGCUGUUCCCAGUGUUUGCCGUGGCUGACCAGGUCAUCUCCAUCGUUCACUGACCAUUGGCCACGGUGAGGCCAGAUCCACCUCCCCAUCACCCUUGUAGGUCACGCCAUGUUCUCAGCUAGUGUCCUUUCUUUCCUCAGUGGUGUGUGCAGUCUUCCCUGUGGGCAACCUUGGGAGAGAUGGAAUCUGCUUCCAUCUCAGACAUAACCUUUUGAUGCUGGUCAUCUGUGUGGAACCCAAGCCCACCAUGCUUGGGCCUUUCUAAGGGUCUCAUUAACCUGGUGCAUGGCUAGUGUACAGCAAAACACAGUGAGGGAGUAUAUGGCUAGGCAGGCAGGUGACCAAUGGUGUGGCAGUUUCUGGAGGAGCACUGCUGUCCCUGGAGGUGCCUCUCUGCAGAGAAGUGUAUGGUGGCGUUCCCCUAGCCUGUCAGUUCAGUAUUUCUCGGUCCUUUUCAUGCCACAGCAUACAGAGAGAAUAUUUUUCUAGCACACAAAAGACAACUUGCCAGGUUGCUCUUGGCCAGAAAACCAGCCUGCAAGUGUCAUGCCCUCCUACAGUCUCCCAUGGCACUUGUAUCCUAGCUCCAGGAAAUGUGCUUACAGCACAGUUGUGGGCAUCUGUCCCGGGUCCUGAGGCUGAGCUCUAACGUGGACCUGCCUGUGAUAAGGUGAUCCCCCAUCACCGUGCUGAUGAGCACCCCACAUCAUGACUCUUAGGGUGCAGACCUGGAUGGAGAGCUUCAAGCCAGAAGAGCUGAGUGGAAACGAGGCUUUCCUUAAUGAAUGAAUGUGUUAUUAAAGGUUUCCAAAGACUUA